AUGAUUCUUUCUCCCCGAUGGCAUCUUUUUGAAUUUGGCGAUCAAUCCUGGUGCCCAGAAUGGAUAAGAGCCUAUAUCCAAGCAUAUCUAACCCGUGUUUGGAAUCUACACCUCCCGCCCCUCAGCAAGACCUCUCCAGCCGGGGUAGCAGCGAACCUCAUCCUGGAGAAUCUUCGAGAUGCAUCCUCCUACACCUUUGUGGACUCUUGCGCCGGAGCAGGUGGCCCAACAAGCACCAUGGAAUCCAUCCUGAAUAACAAACUCCAAGCGGAAGGUAAGCGGGCCGCCCAAUUUGUUCUUACGGAUCUCCACCCCCGUCUGGAAGAAUGGUCUGCUAUUAGCAAGCGACAGGAGAACGUCUCGUACAUUCCUGAGCCACGAGAUGCGACUCGGUGCGAAAGAAUUGCGCCACGGGAUGGAAAGGAAUGCAGGGUGUUCAAUUUGUGUUUUCAUCAUUUCGAUGACCCUCUUGCGUUGGGUGUUCUGCGGAACGCUGUGGAGUCGGCUGAUUCGUUCAUAAUUUUCGAAUUUGCCCAACGCAACUUCACCUCCUUGUUGAAUAUCCCUGUUAUGUUUCUGUUCCCAUUUUGGUUUACUAUUGCCAAGUACAGGAACAGUCCUUUGCAUUUGUUUUUCACGUAUGUGAUUCCACUGUUGCCUUUAAUAGUAACAUUUGACGGAUGGGUUUCAACUUUGCGCUGUCGGACGGGACAGGAAAUUCAAGAUCUUGUGUGCAAGCAGGAUCUUGAUCUCAGUGGAUGGACUCUGAAAAGUGGCAACCGCAUGCUGUAUGAGCCUUUUGUGCAUGUGUACUACUAUAUCGCAGUGAAAGACCAAGCAUAA